AAUAACAAUCAAAUAAAAAACUGCAAAUGUAAACUGUUUCAAUAAAAAAAUGAAUGGUAAGACUAGAAACAGUUUCAAAUUGAAAUUUAAGAAAAAAAGUAUACAAAUAAUCAAAUAAAAACGAAGCAAAUAUAAACAUUUCCAAUAAAUAGCAUUUAAUGCUAAAACAAACAAAAAAAUAAAAAAAAUAUUGACUCGAUAUUUUUGCUAAUCUACGACUACUUGACAUUUCAUAUAAAAAUAAGUUUUAUUUUUUAAUUGCAUUAAAAGCUCUAUGUAAAUGUAUAAACUUUGCGCUUGGGAUUUUUUCCGCUAAUUACAUAAACAAAUCCGUGUGUACGUAAAGUGCAAACAUUUUGUUUGAAGUUUUUCGCCGGCCGAGGCGCAAAUUGUGUGUGAAUUUUCAACAACCAGCUUCCAAAGCAUUCUACCCUUAAAAUGGGUCACAGUGCUACCGACACAACCGCAACAAGCCCGGCAACAACUAUGGCUGUGGCAACUAUAGCGCCUGUUGCGGCGAAAAGCAUCGAAGCAAGUGAAAAUGUGCAAAAGAAGCCAUCGCUAAGUUGGCGCGAAAAAAUGCAGAAGGUCAUCAACAAUAUCACCGUUGAGCCAAUACUGGCCGCGUACAUUAUGCCCAGCGUGCUGUCGGGCCUGGCUACACAGAAUCUGAAUUUGGAAAAGGCAUGCCGUGUGAAUAUGGACUAUGGCGAGGUGGUGUGCGAUGCGCUCACCCGAAGAGAUACCGCAAAUUACACGCUCGAAGAGGAGACCGUACAACAGAUGGUCGCACGCAUGGCUGCUUGGAAAACUGUGAUACAGUCGAUGUUCCCCUGUUUGCUGAUUCUCUUUUGGGGCUCGUGGAGCGAUCGUCAUCAUCGGCGGAAACCUUGCAUUCUCAUACCGAUCAUUGGCGAAUUUCUGGGCACUGUGGGACUAAUACUCUGUGUAUAUUUUGAACGCACACCCAUGGAGGUGGCUGCCUUAACGGAAGCUAUAUUCCCUUCGCUGAGUGGUGGCUGGUUUACAAUGCUUAUGGGCGUCUUCAGUUAUAUAGCAGACAUCACCACCGAAGAGGAGCGUACAUUACGUAUUGGCAUAUUAAAUGUAUGCUUUUCGGUGGGCGUGCCCAUCGGCAUGGCGUUUAGUGGCGUGCUUUUGAAGAAAAUUGGUUUCUAUGGCGUCUUCUCAAUAUCGGCGAGCCUUUAUUUGUUCUCUUUCGUCUAUGGCCUAUUCUUUUUGAGUGAGCCACGUGCUAAGCCGGAAAAGACGGUACCGAAAUCGGAGCGCAAGAGUUUAUUGGCGGACUUCUUCGACAAGGAUCAUGUGGUGGAGACUUUCCGUGUGGCAUUUAAGAAAGGCGAAAAUCAACGACGUCAGCGUGUCAUAAUGCUGAUGGUCGUCGUAAUGGUUGUGAUUGGACCAAUGCAUGGUGAAAUGGCUGUCACAUAUCUCUUUACGCGCUAUCGCUUCAACUGGAGUGAGGUGGAAUUCAGCGUAUUCUCAACUUAUGCAAUGGUCACGGGCUUAGUUGGCGUACUCUUCUGUGUUGGUAUUCUGUCGCACAAGUUGAAGAUCGACGAUGCGCUUGUCGGUGUCAUCUCGAGCAUGUCAAAAAUCCUCUCAGGCUUUGUAUAUGCCUUUGCGACCGUGCCUUGGCACAUGUAUGUCGGUGCUAUUGUGGAGAUAUUCAACGGUACAGCUUUCAUAGCGAUGCGCUCGAUCGCCACCAAGCUGGUGUGCAAGGACGAGCUGGGCAAAGUGAACUCGCUUUUCGGCGUCGCUGAAGCGCUAAUGCCCAUGGUGUUUGCGCCCAUGUACACAACCCUGUAUGCGGCUACACUAAAAGUUUUGCCUGGCGCCUUCUACCUGUUGGGAGGAGCGCUCACUGCGCCUGCGGUGCUCAUAUUCUUUUGGAUGUACAGCUUCCAGUGCAAACAGCGGCGCAAACAAAUUGCGCAAGCCACUGACAGUGAAGCCGGUAUUGGCGGCGUCACCAAGGCGGAUUGCAAUUCUGCUAAGGACGCGAAUGGAAAUAUCAAUGCGAUUGAGGUGAUAGCGUUGGCGAACGAGGCGAAGGGACAACUGAAUGGCAUUGUAACGAAUGUGAUACAUGAAAAUCUAGAGCAAGCCGAACAUGCGGCGGAAUGUGUGCAACGGGAUACGGAGGCGCGUGCAGCCGCUUAUGCGCAAGCGCAUUUGGAAACGAGUGGCAACGACAAUAAGGCAUUUGAGGGUGAUGAAGGUGGGCUACGUCAAAGGCAACAAACAAAAAUGUAAUCCAUCUGUUUUUCUUAUGGCAUCGAAUGUUGUUAUGCAACAUCCAGAAAGUUGAGGGAGUACAUGCGAUGUGCUUCGGUUGUGUGUGAUGUAUUAUUUUUUAAUAUAUGCAGGUUUGUAAAGUUAUUUUUAUGUAAUUGUAAAAAAAAUUAAAUAUAUAUUUUUUAUUAGUAUUAAGUAAUUUAAGUUGAACACUGUGUAUUCUACUAUUGUAAUAAAUGAUAUUAAGAAUUUUUUCUUUAAAAAAGUCUC